GCGUUUUGUGCUCACCAUCCCCGGACUCUCACCAUGUCUGAUCCUAUAAGCAACCCUCCUGCCCAACACGAAGAGGAUCCCGAGCUCGACGAUUUGUUGGAUGGUAUGUGCUUACUAUUUGGCUUGGGUGCUGUUCUAAACUGAUCCGAAUCUCCUGAAACAGAUGUUCUCGAUGACUUCAACGCCCCAUCUGCCCCUAGCAAAGCCAAGGCACCUGUUGCGCCAGCGGUUUCUGAAGAUAUCGAUGAUGAUAACUUGGAUUCCGUUCUCGAUGAUGACUUUGCAAAGCAGCUAGCUGCUGGUAUGGAAGAGCUCAUGGGCGGUGAAGGUCAAGACGAGUUCAAGGACACGUUCGAGAAGAUUUGGAAGUCUUUUGAGUCCACAUCGUUGGAGGAUGUGGCUGCUCCUGAAGCUGCUUCGUCGGCACCUCUGGACCCAGAGAGCAAGAAGUCUUUCCAGGAAACCAUUGCUCAAACCAUGAAUAAGCUUAGAGACAGCUCGGACAAGGUCGAGACGGAUCUUUCUGAAGAAUCAGAAGAUGCUUUUAUGCAGGAGAUGAUGCGACAGAUGGAGGGCCUGGCUGAUAACUCAGAUUUCCAAAACAUGUUGGAAGGAAUGAUGAGCCAGCUCAUGAGCAAAGAGCUAUUGUACGAGCCAAUGAAGGACUUGGCUGCUAAAUACCCCGACUGGCUGGACAAGAAUAAAGAUACUACACCUAAAGAUGAAUAUGAGAAAUACAAGCAGCAACACGAGUAUGUUAAGCAGAUUGUUGCCAAAUACGAGGACCCCAGCUUUGACGAAAAGGACGAGAAACAGGCAACUGAAGUUGUUGAUCUCAUGCAAAAGGUAGGUUAUGCUCCACCCCCUUGCUUUGGUUGCAAAGUAUGCUAAUCAAGUGGCUUGUUCAAUAGAUGCAAGAGCUUGGUCAGCCGCCAUCGGAAAUGAUGGAUGAAAUGGCUCCAGGAAUGAAUCUUGGCCCAGAGGGAGUGCCAGACAUGAGCAAACUAAAUGAGCAGUGUAGUAUUAUGUAGAAGCCAUUAUGAUAAUAAUUCUCUUGUUUUUGAUUUAAUAUCAACUUAUUGUACAUCCAACCCAGUGUAUUGAAUGAAAUAUUUGAAGACGAAACA